GUGUUUAGAUCAGUCAUAUUAGAAAGCACAGUGCUCUCUCUGUCUGGCGCCUCAAAGUGCUCGGAAUGGCUUCAGCUAUGCCCAGCUCUCCGGGAGAGAACGAAUACCCGUCCGGUUUCCCGCAAAGCAUCUGUGAUGAAAUUCCGGCGCCCAAGUAUCUGUGCAGCCACUGCGACUGCGUGCUGAACGGCGCGCACCAGAGCGCAUGCGGCCACCGCUACUGCCUCGCGUGCGUCCACUGGCUCAUCAGAAACAACAAAAACCUUGUUUGCACAAAGUGUAAAGAAGUCCCAAACCAGCAAAGCAACCACAGCUUACUAACUCUUGACCAGUUCUUCAACGAUGCAGCGAUCAAUAAAGAGAUUCUCGCACUGAGAGUGCACUGCACUAACCACAGCUGUAUGUGGAAGAGCACCCUGAAGGACUUUGAGGAGCACCAGAGUCAGUGUGAGUAUGCCUUAAUCCCCUGCAAUGUUGGCUGUGGCUUGAUGGUUUUGAGGAGGACGUUGGCCACUCACCUGGAGAAAGGCUGUCCCAAUAAUAAGAGCACAUGUCCUACCUGUUCCUGCCCACUGACCCUUUCAGAGCUCCAGAAGCACGUGUGUCCCAGCGACAAAAAGACUGCAAAAGCAGAGAAACGUCAGAAGGAUAAGCAAUCAAAUUCCAAACGGAAAGAGACCUGUCUCUUCUCUGAAGUUGGAUGCACAUAUAAGGGAAAUGUGGAGAAAGUGCGAGAGCAUGAAAGCUGCAGUUCUGCGGUCCACCUCCAGCUCCUCCUGGAAGCCUUCAGGGCUGUUCGGGUCUCUGUUCCUUCCCCACCUGAGAGGAGCGUGCACUUCCCAGGCCUGGACCUGCUCCUCCAUGGCCAGAGCUCACCGUCCGUCUGCGUCCAGUCAGAGUUUGAGACCGACGGAGGGGAUGGUGGAGUGAACGACAUGGCACUGAGCCUUCACGAUGACCAAGCUGAGCUGGAAGUGGGCCAGCAGCUUCACGCCCUUCAGCAGAGGCUACAGAUCAUGGAGAACAUCAUCACGGCACUCUACCGUGAGGUGGAGAAAACCCAGGUCACCGUGGCAGCCCUGGACAGAGACUCCCACAACAGCAUGCAGCUGGUGGAGCACUUGGAGGGCAUGGUUGCAGACCAGCACGAGAGAAUGAUGAGGAAAGACGUGCAUAUCGCCUCCCUGCAGCAGAGCAUCAACGCGCAGCAGGACGUGUCCUACGACGGUACGUUUCUCUGGAAGAUCUGUGAUGUCAAUCAGAAGCUAAGAGAGGCAGUCACGGGGCAAAGGAGCAACCAGUACUCACCAGCCUUCUAUACAUCCAGGUAUGGAUUUAAAGUGUGCAUGAGGCUAUACAUGAACGGAGACGGACUCGGGAAAGGGACACACAUCUCUCUUUUCUUCGUGAUUAUGAAAGGAGAGUAUGACCCACUUCUCUCAUGGCCUUUCAAACACAAGGUGACUUUCUUCCUCAUUGACCAGAACCAAAGAGAGCAUGUAAUCGACACAUUCCGUCCCGACCUCUUGUCCGUGUCGUUCCAACGACCCGUCUCUGAGAUGAACGUAGCCAGCGGCUGCCCUCUCUUCUGCCCUCUGUCCAGGAUACGCUCCCCGAAGCAUGCAUACUGCAAAGAUGACACGCUUUUUAUCAAGUGUGUGGUGGACAAUUCAUCCUGAAUGAUGAUGCCGCUGAGGAAAAAGGGACUGAUGUCAUGUUGAGUGGGCUGCUAUUGCUGAAAAUCUUGCUUUUGGGUGACAAAAUGUGCUCAUUCUUUUGAUGCUUCACCUAAAAUGUAGUUAAGUGCUGUAGUCGAGUCGACAUAAUUGCAAUCUCAAGAGGUGAAUUAGGAUGAGUUAUGGCUGUAUUAUUAUAAUUAUUAUUUUUUUUCUCGUUUGAUUUAGCGUACAAUAAAAGGACUGAUUUUAUAGCUGUGAUGUGUGAUUUAAAGACAUUUUCAUGAUGCAUAAAGUCUGAGCAAAACAAUUUUGAGGAAAAAAAAACAUGGUUUCUGUUAUGUAACACUGUUAUUUAAUGCCUAGAAAAAUAAAUGAUUUAACUUGAAAAUUAUUCAAUUAAUUUUUGAUACAGAAGCGAUAUAACUAAGAAAUAUAUAUUAUAAUAAAUAAAUAUUAUUUAUCAAUGGAGUCACAUGCUUUAACUCGUACUAAGGAGCUUCCUUUUCUCAGGAAAAUGUUUAAUGACCUACUGUACAUGAGCACAAUAUCCAGAUUAUGUUGUCAUAUCACCCAGUUCGACGUAAGUUAUUAUUUUUUUAAAUGCAUAUCGUCAAACCAUAAUGAUUUGCAGGUCGAAUGAUUUGCAUGCCAU